AUGAUAAAGAAGGAUAAGCUGAUGGAGGUGCUAAAUUUCUACAAGGCUUUCGCCAACUCCUUUGCUAGAAACCUAGUCCUCACCUACAAUCUGACUCAUCGGCUGAAAUUUCGAAAGGUUGUCGAUGUGAAACGUGAGAAAGAACUGGACGCUCGACGGAAGAACGAGAAGUUAAUUCUUCCACCUGAUCAUCCUGGCAUGAAGAAACAUCAUACGGACCAUACCAUGAAUCGCAUUUCAUCUGUGCACUCUAUGGUCGAUGAAACGUCCAACUUACUCUCUUCAAGCUAUGUCUCACGAUCUCCACGCGCUUCGAACAAGAAUAAAAGGCCUCCUUUAGUGGUAAAAGCAUCUUAGAA